AUGGCUUCACCACCCCCCAAGCUCUUCAGCUUCCCGGAUCACGAGGCACUGGCUCAGCAAUUGCGCGCCUAUGUCCUGCGCAGUCAGAACGCCGCCCUUGCCCGCCAUGACACCUUCCGCCUGGCUGUGUCCGGUGGCUCACUGCCCGCCACGCUGGCCAAAGCCCUGCUGGCCCCCAGCAAUGGAUCGCUGGAAGACACGCCGCAGUUCGCCAAAUGGGACAUCUUCUUCGCCGACGAGCGCGCCGUGCCCCUCGACCACCAAGACAGCAACUACCGCCUGCUGAAGGAGGAGCUGCUCAGCAAGAUCCCCGCCGAGCUGGGCACCCCGACCGUGCACACCAUCGACCCCAACCACGUCGAGGAUGACGACCCCCAGGAACUGGCCGACCUGUAUCAGGACGAGCUGAUGCGCUCCUUCGCCGCCAAGGACAGCGUCAAGCUGCCCGUCUUCGAUCUCAUCCUCCUCGGCUGCGGGCCCGACGGCCACACCUGCUCGCUCUUCCCCGGCCACGAGCUGCUGCGCGAGAAGGACGCCUGGGUUGCCGCGGAAAGCAACUCGCCCAAGCCCCCGCCCAAGCGCAUCACCCUCACCCUGCCCGUGGUGACCCACGCCCUCAACAUCGCCUUCGUGGCGACCGGUGCCGGCAAGAAGGAAAUCCUGAAGAAGAUCUUCGACUUGGAGGAGGGCCGCAGCAUUCCCUCGGCGCUGGUCAACGAGGGAGGUGGCGAGAAGGUCAGCUGGUUUACCGAUCACCCGGCGGUGGAUGGUGUUUCGUUCCCUCGUCGCGGGAGCCUGUGA